AUGGACGACGACCCUCUAAGAAUCAAGGAUCUCGCCGUCAGCUAUGACUACCUCAUGUACAAGAUCCACGACCAUAUAGCGCUGCUUCUGGAAACAACUUUCUCGCUGGUCGAGUCAAAACAACGUCUUAUCGAACAGGACUACUUUCAGCAGCAGCUCCAGUUGGACAAGAACAUUGCCGAUGCUCAGGCCUUGCUUGAUCAGUGUGAUGAUUUGGAGCUUCAGUUCAUGAAGCUUGACCAGCUCUAUCUGUUUGUGGACGAUUUUAAGGACAGGGUGGCCCGCCUUGAAAAGGAGUUUGACGCGUUGUAA